UCAAUGAAAGCUGAGACGGGGGGACGGUUGAGUGCUGCAGAGCUGAAACCAGGAGUGUUUUCUGCGGAGGCGCAGAUCUCCCGCAUCUGUUUUAUCACACCAUCUGUUGUGCGCUGGAGCAUUUUAAUUCUAUUGACUGUUGCUUAUAUACAACAUAUCUAAAGCACUUAGAAAACGUGGAAGACGUGGUGAUGAUAAACAAUUUUGGACUCCCCAGUUGAUGGUUUGGCUUUUAAAAAGAUAGGACACACGUCUGGCUGUGAGUUUGUCCACAGCUGUUGUUUUUUCCACUUCUCUCUUGACUUUGCCUCAGCCAUGGCUCUCUACUCUCGGUUCGUGCUCGUCGUGCUUUAUGGAUGGAGUUAUCUGUGCGCUGGAUUCUGCGCGAUGUUGAAAACGGACAGUUUCCCCGAGAGGUUAAAGGGGGAUUUUACGCACUCGGUGGAUAAAAAGUACGCCGCCAAGGAUGACCGGGACGCGCAUUUGCAGGAUACAAUGACAGAGCACAUGCAGAUGCUUUACGACAAGUACAACCGGGCCGGGUUUCCCUUCAGGGACGGCAACACGGUUCGCAGCUUCAAAGCGCACUGGGGCACAAUAAACAACAAGCAGCUCCAGGUUUUUAACCUCACCUCCCUCACCCAGUCUGAGGACGUUCUGUCGGCAACUCUUCAUUACUACAUCGGAGACCUUCAGAACAACACCCAGCGCUGCUUCACGCCCAAACACUGCGCCCGCCAUGGUCCCCGGAGACACAGCCACAUCCACAUGGUCAUCUGGAGCUUUGCUUCCGUGGACAACAAGAUGAGGAGUCUGGGACACUUUCGGAUAAAUGUGUCCACCCUCUACAGGGACUUCAUUUCGUGGCAGUGGAGGGACAUAACCCGAGUGGUCAAUCAGGCCAAACAUCACGACGAGUUGCUCAUUGGGAUUGACGUUGCCUCACAAGGUCCACAACGGUGGAAGAAGCUCCUGUCCGACCGUUCGCCCUAUAUCCUGGUUUAUGCCAACGACUCUGCCAUCUCGGAGCCUGAAAGCGUGGUAGCCACUCUCCAGAGACACCACUCACUGGGAGGAGAGGGCUCCAUUUCACACAGCCUUCAAAAGCUGAGAGAGCACAACAACACUGAGCAAGAACGACAGUUGCUUUCCAGACACAAGCGGUCAGCGAACGUUCUUCUCCCUUUGCAAAACAACGAACUUCCUGGACCCGAGUAUCCGUACGAGACGAAAGGAUGGGACGAGACGAGUCCGUACGAGCCAAUAGAAAACAAGCAGCCUCGUCGGCCACGGAAAAAGGUUCGCAAGAAUCAGCGACCCAAAAAUCCCCUACUGCAGUUUGAUGAGCAGACCAUCAAAAAGGCGCGAAAGAAGCAGUGGAACGAGCCGAGGAACUGCGCUCGAAGGUACCUCAAAGUGGACUUUGCGGACAUCGGGUGGAGCGAAUGGAUUAUAUCGCCAAAGUCUUUUGAUGCCUUCUAUUGUUCGGGAUCCUGCCAGUUCCCAAUGCCAAAGGCUCUGAAGCCCUCGAACCACGCCACCAUCCAGAGCAUUGUUCGGGCUGUGGGCGUCGUACCCGGCAUCCCUGAGCCGUGCUGCGUCCCAGAGAAGAUGUCCUCCCUCAGCAUCCUCUUCUUCGAUGAGGACAAGAACGUGGUGCUGAAAGUCUACCCCAACAUGACCGUCGACUCCUGCGCCUGCCGAUAGUUCCGCUUCCUGUCUGCACCUCGUGCCACACAGAAACAAACACCCUGCAACCUGAAACUAAACAUCCACUGAGCACAGCUUCCCGUUUGCACUGGAGGAGAGCGCCACCUGUUGUUCCAGGUGAGGAGGACACUGGUCAGCUCAGGGGAAGAAAUGGAUGACAUUAGCACAUCUCAGCGCUGACCGACUCUUUAUCUGCAUAUUUCUCAUGUGUAAUCCGUUGGGUGACAGCAGGGUGGAACAAAUCACACCAACAGAGACAGAAACUGAGGGGAAAAAUAUGAAUCAUUAAGGAAAGCCGACUCAGCUGGAGCUGACAGCUGUGGGCCGAAGGAAGGUGUUCUCUCGUCAUUCUCUCCUUCAUCGCAUGAACUUCUCUUUAUCCUUAAAAAGCCACCUCUGCUCACACUUGCAUGGUAUUUGUUACUCUGUGUAUGUAUUUAUGUCUGUACUAUCACUGUUAUUCGCUAUAAAAGAGGAUUAUGCAUAAUUAUGGGCUUGGCUGCUAUAUGGGAUUAUAUUAGGUUCCAAAGCCAGAGUUUGAUGUAUAGACAGUAGAUUUACAUGUUUGUGUUCAGAUUACGGCUCCACUUAAGUUUAUUUUUGUUUGUUUUUUAAGAUUUUCCUUCAUGCAGGAGAGUAAGCUACAUUUUGUCUGUAUUUUAUAUUAAUCGGAGCUUUCAGGAGAUUAAGUACUUUAGAAUGAGAGAAGUCAUUCUGAACUUCAGAAAUUAGUUCAGAUUUUUAAAAGUGGUGUUCUAUUGACAGUAUAUGAGUAGUAAAUAUCUUACCUGCAAUAUAUUCCUCUCUUAGCAUCUUUACUUGGAUCUAAGAUUAGCAUUCCGUUUAAGAGGAACAUACAACUUCUGCCUUGUUAAAUUACAACCAACAUGUGACCUACUGUGAAUGAAUUAUAUUUUAGAAAAGAUUUAAAAUUUUUAAUGCAAAUGCAAUAGUGGUGCAAAGCUUUAUAAGCAGUACUUGUAAUUUUGAAUCUAGAGUUGUUUUAGCAUUAUUGCUGCCUAGCUGUUAGCCAGACAACUGCUCUCUAUUUCAACAAAAUGAAAAUUCUGUAAGCUGCACACAAGAUAUUUACGACACGUACACUCUGAACAAAACCCCACUUUAAAAAAUCCAAUAAACCCUUUUAAGGGGAAACAGCAAAUGAGGAAAAAAAACUCCUCUGGAAUUAAAUAACUUACCUAAUUCUUACUGAGAUGUUUCAAACCUUUCUUAGAUCGAAAAAUAAAUCACAAAUAAUAAUAAUUCCUAGAGCCUAAUAUCAGACUCAAAAUAUUUAUUUGCUUUCACACAUUGUAAUCCAACUAUUUUUUGUAUCCUAAACUGUACAUGUUGUCCUUGCUAUAAUUUAGAAUGUUUAUUAAGAAUAAGCUUUAUAAAGUGCCUUAGUGGAUGUUUUUUUUCUUGACAAAAUUAGCAUUCUGUCAAUAUACAGGGCUCCUCUAAACCGGUUUUGCUUUA